AUGGAUCCCUCCAAGACGGACUCCUUUUCGGAAGACAGGUAUUUGAAGUUCCCCUGUCUUCCAGAAGGGACGAGGCAUGCGGAUGGUUCGCUUGCGUUGAACCGUUUCUCCAGCACUAUCACCAGCGGCCAUGACUUUCCCGGGGCGAAGGCAAUGCUGUAUGCAGCCGGCGUGCCGAAUAACGAGGUAAUGUCGAAGAGUCCGCACGUCGGAAUCGCCUCGGUGUGGUGGGAGGGAAACCCAUGCAACAUGCAUCUCAUGGGUCUGGCUAAGACGGUGAAGAAGGCUGUGGUGGAGAAGGACAUGCUUGGGUGGCAGUAUAAUACUAUUGGAGUGUCGGAUGCGAUCUCAAUGGGCAGCGAGGGAAUGCGGUUUUCUCUGCAGACUCGAGAAAUCAUCGCAGAUAGUGUCGAGAGCGUGACGUGUGCCCAGUAUCACGACGCGUGCAUUGCGAUUCCGGGCUGUGACAAGAAUAUGCCGGGUGUGGUGAUGGGGAUGGCCCGACACAACCGCCCGUCGCUGAUGAUCUACGGAGGAUCGAUCCAGGUCGGAUACUCCGACCUGCUUCGCAAACCGGUCAACAUCUCGUCGUGCUUUGAGGCAGCGGGAUCAUAUGCGUACAACACACUGCGGCAACCGGACGAUGGCGGGGACACUAGCAAGACCAAGGACGAGAUCAUGGACGAUCUGGAACGGCACGCGUGUCCUGGCGCCGGAGCAUGCGGGGGCAUGUUCACGGCCAACACGAUGGCGACGGCCAUCGAGUCCAUGGGACUCUCGUUGCCCGGCUCGUCGUCGACUCCCGCCGAGUCGCCGACCAAGAUGCGCGAGUGCGUCAAAGCCGCGGAUGCGAUCCGCGUCUGUCUGGAGAAGAACAUCAAGCCGCGCGAUCUGCUGACCAAGCGCUCCUUUGAGAACGCGCUCGUCAUGACCAUGGCCCUGGGCGGCAGCACCAACGGCGUGCUGCACUUCCUUGCCAUGGCGCGCACUGCCGGGGUGGAGCUGACGCUCGACGACUUCCAGCGAGUCAGCAACAAGAUCCCCUUCAUCGCCAACCUGUCACCAAGCGGCAAGUACUACAUGGCCGACCUGUACGAGAUCGGCGGCGUGCCCUCUGUGCAGAAGCUGCUGAUCGCCGCGGGCCUGCUUGACGGCGACAUCCCCACGGUGACGGGGAAGACGCUGGCGCAGAACGUGGCCUCGUGGCCCUCGCUGCCGCAGGACCAGGCCAUCAUCCGCCCGCUGGACAACCCGAUCAAAUCCACGGGUCACCUACAGAUCCUGCGCGGCAACCUCGCGCCCGGCGGGGCGGUGGCCAAGAUCACCGGCAAAGAAGGCACCCGGUUCACGGGGCGGGCGCGCGUCUUCGACAAGGAGGUGCAGCUCGGUGGAGCGCUGAACCGCGGCGAGAUCCCCCGCGGCGAGAACCUGGUGCUCGUCGUGCGCUACGAGGGUCCCAAGGGCGGUCCGGGCAUGCCAGAGCAGCUCAAGGCCAGCGCCGCGCUCAUGGGCGCCGGUCUGACCAACGUCGCCCUCAUCACCGACGGUCGCUACUCGGGCGCCAGCCACGGCUUCAUCGUCGGCCACAUCGUGCCCGAGGCCGCCGCGGGGGGGCCCAUCGCUGUCGUCCGUGACGGCGACGUCAUCACCAUCGACGCCGAGAACAACACCAUCUCCAUGGACGUCACGGACGAGGAGAUUGCCCGCCGGCUAGGUGAAUGGCGGGCUCCAGUGCCGCAUGUCACCCGUGGCGUAUUGGCCAAAUAUGCCCGGCUGGUGGGGGAUGCGUCGCAUGGAGCCAUGACAGAUUUAUUCUAG